AUGUUUCUUUGUUUUUAUGAUGCUUCUUUGUGUACUUCGAGUGCAUCGAAUCGAAGAACAUUUUCUUUGUACGGGUACGAACGAGCAUUCCGGAAUAUUACACGGUCUGUGUCAUUGCAAGCGGAAAUCUCCGGGUCACGUAAUAUUUUGGAUAUAUCAGUAUUUGUAUGUCACUGGUAUAUAUCAUCGCAAAAAGGUAGCUCUGGUGAUUGCAAGAAAAACUAA